UUGAAGGUCGCUCUGGAACGCUCCGAGGGGAUGUUCCGAGAGCAGACCGCGAUGCUCGAUGCUGAGAGGGAGAUGUUGACCCUGGAGAAGGAGAAAUCGGGGAAGUUGACUGAGGAAGGGGAGCUUCUUCGGGCGGACAGGGAUCGUCUGGCGGCCGAAGUCGAGCGCUUGGGUAAACAGGUCGAGGAAAUGAAUGCUACCCUGCAACCUGCCGAAGAUGAGCCCGAGGACAUAGUAGCUUUGAAGAGUCGGGCGGAGCUUGUCGCCCACAUCCGACUCCUCGAGGUGGACUGCGUCGGUGCCCUGGAGGAUAGGUUCAAUUCUGCGGUCGAUCAGCUCUCCUUGCUAAACCAUGGCCUGGUCACUGUGGGUAUCGGUCACACACACCGGAUUGUAGGUGGCGUGAUCGUUCCUCCGCCCGACUCACCUAGCGCCGACAAUGAUGAUUCCGUGGAAGUCUGA